GCCUCCCGUACACACUUGGCAAAUUUGUUCGGAAUUUCUUUGUGGCAAAGAUCCUGGUGUCCAUGUUGUGACAAGUUCAGCUUAACUUCCACAAUAUCAUCCGCGGAUAUCAAGGUGACAUUGUCCGUGCUAAUCAUCCGGUGACAACAUUCAGCGUAACUUGGAAGCGAUAUCCUCCGCGGUGUCCCCCGGAGUCGUCCCACAGGAAUAUGUUGUUAGGAUGGUUAAGGCGGAUCCUUUGGGGUCUUCUGAUGAUUACUCUGUGUGUUUUUGGUCUCCUCAGUUCAUAUACUUUAAGCAAGCAACGUCUAUAUGGACUUGCUCUGAGACAGCUUCAAGGACCACCCGCUGUGCAUGUAGCCGGCCUAAAGUUGUUCACGCAGGCAAUUCCAAACGUUUUAAGUACGCCCAAAACGUACCAUAGAAAUGAGAGGGAAAGCAUAAAUUCCGUCUUACAACCUCAACGUACGAACACAAUCAACUGUCUGAAGCUUUUUAAAGGCGACAAAAACGAGACAGCAAAAUCUAAGUGGCUGAUUAAGUCCAAACCUUUUAAGCCUGUACCUUAUCAAGCAUUCAUCAAUGCAACAAAACGUUGUGAUCUUUUUCGUGUUGCUAGGAACUACACCGAGCACGUGUCUGACGAGGAGGAAAGCUUUCCAUUGGCCUUCAGCAUUGUUAUCCACAAAAGUGUUGAACAAUUUGAGAGACUACUUCGUGCCUUAUACAGACCAAACAAUUAUUACUGCGUUCAUGUGGACAGAAAGGCUUCCAACGCCUUCCAUAUGGCCAUUAAAAGCUUAGCAGACUGUUUUGAUAACGUGUUCGUUGCGGCAAAACUAGAAGUAGUCGUUUAUGCGGGAUUUACGCGUUUACAGGCGGACAUUAAUUGCAUGCAAGAAUUGCGACAGAAUUUCUCUGACUGGAAGUAUGUACUGAAUCUGGCGGGUUCGGAAAUGCCUCUGAAAACAAAUUUUGAAAUGGUGCAGAUUUUAAAACUCUACAACGGUACUAAUCUUGUGGGGAAAAAUAUGAGAGCCUUAAACCCAUGGAGGUGGAAAAACAGAUACGAAACAGUUGUGACGGAGGGACGGGGACAUAUCGUAAAAAGAGACAAUUCCAAUACCCCUCCGCCGUACCACCUCAAUAUCACCAAAGGAAGUGCUUACGCUGUAUUAAGUAGGGCACUGAUUGACUACAUUUUCACAGAUCCAGUUCCACUAGCGUUUUUAGAAUGGAGUAAGUCUACGUACAGUCCCGACGAACAGUUCUGGGCAACACUAAACAACGUAGAACAUAAUCCAGGUCUGACCUCCCCUGGCGGAAACCCGUGUCCUGGUUUUAGUUACAUGCAGAGAGCCGUUCUGUGGUACUCUCCUGACUGCCAUGGUAAGAAUGUGCGGUCUGUAUGCGUGUUUGGAGCGGGUGAUCUCUCCUGGAUUAUUCAGCGUCCGGAGUUUGUAGUCAACAAGUUUGAUCUGAGUGUAGACUACAUUGCUUAUCAAUGCGUGGAAGAACUGCUCCGAGUUCGAGCCACACACAGUGUCCCAUGGGACAUCGAACAUCACAAACAGUAUAUCGAUUCUCACAGUGGUAAGAGCUGCCCACUGUAGUGACAGGCAUGAUUCCACAGUAGAUAAAGGAACAGGCAGGGUGUACAAACGGCCGUGUACAAACGGGUUGAUAUGUUCAAAAAAUUGCAAUGUGUUCAUACCCAAAAUAAUGUGCUAUUUGAAUACUGGACAAUUUUAGUCACUUUGACUGAGUACAUUGUAUUUUAUGUACUCGAGUAACACUUUUUAUUUUAAUCUGUGGGCAACUAUUAAAUGGUUAAAUAAACAAAACUGAUGAUAAAUAAGGUCUGGUGUACAAACGGCCGUGUACAAACGGGUUGUUAAGUUACAAAAAUUGCAAUGUGUUCAUACCCGAAAUAAUGUCCUAUUUGAAUACUGGACAAUUUUAGUCACUUUGACUGAGACUGAGGCUAAUACUGUGUAUUACUGUGUUAUCAGACAUUACAUUUGUUACAUGCUGUCUUAAUUUGAUGUACUCGAGUAAAAGUUUUCAUUUUAAUCUGUGGGCAACAAUUAAAUGGUUAAAUAAACAAAACUGAUGAUGAAUAAGGUCUGGUGUAAAAGUGGCCGUGUACAAGAGGGUUGAUAUGUUACAAAAAUUGCAAUGUGUUCAUACCCUAAAUAAUGUGCUAUUUAAAUACUGGACAAUAUUAGUCACUUUGACUGAGGUUAAUACAAUGUUUCACUGUGUUAUCAGACAUUACAUUUGUUACAUGCUGUCUUACAUUUACUUACUCGAGUAAAAGUUUUCAUUUUAAUCUGUGGGCAACAAGUAAAUGGUUAAAUAAGCAGAACCGAUGAUGAAUAAGGUCUGGUGUUAUAAAUUAAACAAACUUCAUUUUUGAUCGUUUUAUCGUUUUUCUGAUCUUAGGCAGACUAUGGAAACACAAUGGCAGACCAUGGAAACACUAACAUGAAGCCUACAUGAAGACUACUCACAUGAAGACUACUCACAU